UUUGAUCAUGUGCUGUGUUCAGGCGAGGCUCUGGGAUUGGACCGCUCCGUGGUGGUCCCGUACAAACUGAUCCGCGGCAGUCCGGAGUCGGUAGAAAUCAGUGGCCUUCCAGACGAUAUCCCCUUCAGGAACCCCAACACCUACGACAUCGUGUGCCUGGAGAAAGUGCUUCAAGCUGCAGAUAAAAUAACGUUCAACAUCGUGAGCCAGCUCCAACCUUUUGCAGAAAUCUGCAGCCAACCUUGUAACACAGCAGGAACAGAAGCCUCGACUAAUCGACGAAAGCGUAAGAGAGUCCAGGAGAGCAGCCGAGGCCCCGCCUCCUCUGAACACGGGAUCUCAACCAAUCAGAUUCCAGUAAUGCAGUGGCCCAUGUACAUGGUGGACUACAGCGGCGUGAAUGUGCAGGUUCCUGGGAAAGUGAAUUACUGAAGGACACAGCUGGACUGCAGCACAGUGAAGAGAGGAGGAGGAGGAGGAGGAGGAGGAGGAGGAGUGUGUCAAAGUGAAACUCUUCCACAUGCCACGCUAUCACUUUGUCAGAGCGCUAAGACUUAAAGUCUGCAGACUGAAUAAAGACUCUGUGAGCGAGGAGCAGCGGAAUGUACGGACUCACCUUUUGUUUCCUGUCUACAGCUCAUCAUGACAGUAAUAUUGUUUUUGUACGAGACAAAGUUAUUUCAUUUGCUCUUGCUUUUACCAAGUGUCCAUCCACUGUUGGGUUGUAUUACUGACGGAAAACAUGUCUUUGAUAACGAUCUGGUUCCAUAAUAUUCAGAUAUUUGUACUUUUUAUUUAUUAUAUUUAUUGAAAUAUACCAUUAUGUGCAGGGAUGUAAAAUACAUUAUUCAGCUCCUCGAGGAACUGUCACAACACUAACAAAGAAGCUACUCAAUCAGUAACCACAGGAAAUCAAACGAACAGUGACGAAGUGUCUUAAUUGGAGAAAGUGAGGGAGAUGAAAGGACUCUCAGUUUGUCUGACAGGUAGAACCUCAGCUGUUCAGCGGCAGGAAGUACCUGCAGGAAACACCAGACCUUCAGUUAGACUGAGCCUUCUUAUGUUAGCGCCACAUUAACAAUAUGUAAAAUAUCAAGUCAGCCUGAAUGUAUCAUGUAAACGAAGGAAUGGUAUGUUAUUCUGCGAUGACCGUCUCUGGACUAACAAUAUUUAAUAUGCUGUACCUUAACGCCAAUUAGGCCUUUGAAAUAAAAUGUGUUGCCUUGCACUUUCA